CGCCGCUUCUCAAGUUUCACUUCGGCGUGUGUGUGCGCGUGUGUGUGUGCGCUCUGCUUUCUGCUUUGUGUUGUCAGGCAGAAACACAUACCAACGCAGUCGGGGUGGCGCAUGUGUCCUGAUUUACGGGCACUGGGUCAAACAAAAGCGUUCUCCUUCUCUAUCUGUGCUCCUGUUGAUAGUGAAUAACCUUCUUUAGCGAUGCUUCCUUUCGCUACCAUGUCGGUGGGAACUGAAUCGGGAUUUUCCAGCGAGGAGGUGCUGAACGUCCGCUUCCCCCUCCACCGGGCGUGCAGGGACGGAGAUGUCGGCGCCUUGUGCUCCCUCCUCCAGUGCAUCUCCAACCCGGCCGACUUGGCGGUAGAAGACACCUUCUACGGCUGGACACCCAUACACUGGGCUGCUCAUUUUGGAAAGCUGGAGUGUGUCAUGCGUCUGGUUCAAGUGGGCUGUGGUGUGAACUCUGUGACCUCCAGGUUUGCACAGACUCCCACCCACAUUGCUGCAUUUGGAGGCCACCCUGAGUGCUUGUUAUGGCUACUUCAAACCGGUGCAGAUAUCAACAGACAGGACUAUGUGGGCGAGGCGCCCAUCCACAAGGCUGCUCGUGCGGGCAGUCUGGAGUGUAUCAACGCUCUCUUGAUUCAGGGAGCGAAAGCUGAUAUGAGGAAUGCCAGUGGGCUGACAGCUGCUGACCUGGCCCAUGCCCAGGGAUUCCAGGAGUGCGCUGAGAUUCUCUCCAAUGCCCAGAACCUUCAGCAGAACCUGGCUCAGUCCCAGACUCAGCCCUCUGGGUUUUUUCUGAAUGGCACUGCCCAGAAUGGGGACCACUCUCAUACCACUAUCCAGGGACGUAGCUUCCUAAAUGGGGUGCCUAACAGAAAGAGGUCCUUUGAAGGCAUGGAAGUCAGUCAAAUUAAAAAAGCAAGAACUAACGGUCUGGGUAUGCCACCAGAAAUGCUGAACGGGAACAGGCCACUGGAUGGUGCUGGAGACAUCCAAAUGGAAAGCAUGAAUGUGGAGCAAGCAGCAAACAUGAGCUCAGUGGCAGGUGACUCUCAGUGUGGGGCUAUUCCCUCAAAUGGUCACAACCAACCAGAACUCCCAAUUGGGUGUGGCUCAGCACCAGAAAUCAUCCAUUACCAACACCAUAUCUACAGUGACAUGCCUGAGACCGUGUCCAACAGCACUGCAGGCAGCCAAGUGGAGCACCAGAAGUCUGUGAAAGCAGAGCAGUUGUACGACCACGCUCUCUUUAGCACCAUGCUUCUUUACCAUGGUUCCUAAAGUCCAAAGGAGUGUGUUGAGUGUCCGUCUGUCCUCCUCACUAAGCCUCAUGCAAGCCUACGUAAACAUUCAUCCGCCUUAAAGCCAGCGAGUGGUUCAGUUCAUAUAAAUUAUUUGUGAUUGUAAUGGGCAGGCCCAUUUUUUUUUUCCAUUAAACUACAAUUGUUUUUUUUUUUUUUUUUAUUAAGUGGAUUUCUGUUUGCAUCAUAAAAGAACAAGUGCUAAAUGAAUCUCAAGUUUUGUUUAUCAUAUAACUUGUGUUCAGCUGUAAAUAGCUUUGAAGUUCUAUACAUCCUAGCUCUGUCGCUGAAACAAGCAUCUUUGUUGUAACAAUGCCUACUAGUAAUGGGGUGAUGUCAUUUGUCUUUUUUUCCCCCAACUUAUUUCUCAAUGUUAAUAAAAACGAAUUCUGAAAUGUA